ACCUGACGUCACUUUGGCGCCGAAUGUUUCAAUAGCUUUUCUGCGCGGGUUAUUAACCAAGACACAAAGUAAUUUUUUAGGUCGUACCAGGGAAUUUCAAAUAAAUUCACUUGACCCCUAAGGAAAACUACAAGACAGUAUGCAGCGAAGCAUAGCGUCUUUCUUUCAGCCCAAAACAGGCAAAGAAAAGGAAAGCAAAAAGACUAAUGGUCCAGUGAAAGAGAAACCAGAACCUGUCAAAUGUCCGCUGAAAGUGCAGAAUGGGGUCCAGAGUGAGACGGAUUCCCCCGUAAAGAAGUCAAGUAAACGCAGUCGUCAGAUCCUGGACAGUGACGACGAUGACCCGUCGGCUGGCAAAGAACAGUCGGUCAGACAGGAUAAAGAGGACAAGCCUGUCAAGCCAAAAAAAGAGCAGGAUGAAGAAUUGAAGGCGGUGUCCACCCCCUUGACUCCUGUUGCUGCCCCAGCCACACCUGUGACUUCAGCGACACCCGUGACCCCAGCCACACCUGUGACUUCAGCCACACCCGUGACCCCAGCAGCGUCUGGAACGCCCGAGACCCCCACAUCUAUCUCACCGUCCGGAAUACCCAAACGCCGGACCGCCAGGAAGCAGUUCCCAAAGAGGAAGCUGGACAGUCAGAGUGGCAGUGAGAAGGAUCAGGAGGAGGACGAGGCAAAGGAGAGGCAAGGCCAGGAGAAUAAAAGGGCAAGGGUUGACAAAAAACAGGACAGCACCGAGAACGAAGAGGAAGCGAUGGAGGUAGGAGAGGAGGAAAAAUGUUUGGAUGGACUUGAGGUGGAGCCGAACAAACCAGAGAAGAAAGAGAAGCAUGAAGAGAAGACCCACCAAGACGAGAAGGAGAAAGCAAUCGAUGCAAAUGAAACUGCGACCAAGAAUUCAGAGGAAGAUGGAAAGAAGUUAAAAGAUGAAAAGGGGAAAGGAAAAAGUCCUAAAGCUCAAAUGCUGAAAGAAAAAAGUCCUAAAAAUGAAAAGGCAAAAGAAAAAAGUCAGAGAAGUCAAAAGAAAGAGAAGGAAAGAAGUCCUAAAAAUGAAAAGCAGCCAAUAAAGGAAGAAAUAGUUACAAAGGAGGAGAGAGUGUCAGAAAGCCCUCAAGCCAAGAAAGCCCCCAUCAGUAGUUUCUUUGCUCCCAGGAAAGCCGCUAUGAAGAUGGAGAAAGCUGAGAAGAAGAGCGAGGGAGACCAGAAGGAGAAGAGCGAGGGAGACAAGAAGGAGAAGAGCGAGGGAGACAAGAAGGAGAAGAGCGAGGGAGACAAGAAGGAGAAGAGCGAGGGAGACAAGAAGGAGAAGAGCGAGGGAGACCAGAGCGUGGAGCAGAAGGAAGGGGCCAAGGUGCCCAGUACCUCUGAGGACAUUAAGGACCAGAAAGGUGGCAAGGCAGACCGGUCCCAGUUUGACCCGUCCAGACCCAACUACCACCCUGUGGACCAUGCCUGUUGGGUGCAGGGACAGAGGGUCCCUUAUUUGGCUGUUGCACGCACCUUUGAAAAGAUAGAGGAAGACUCUGGCAGGUUGAGGAACAUUGAAACUUUGUCAAAUCUUUUCCGCUCUGUGAUCGCUCUCUCUCCAGAGGACCUGCUCUGCUGUGUCUACCUGUGUCUCAAUCAGCUGGGGCCCGCUUACUUGGGCUUGGAGCUGGGAGUUGGAGAGACCGUGCUGAUGAAAGCUGUUGCCCAAGCAACUGGGCGACAGUUGGACAAAAUCAAGGCGGAGGCUGCGGAGAAGGGAGACUUGGGGUUGGUGGCUGAGAGUUCCCGUAGCAACCAAAGAAUUAUGUUCCAGCCAGCCAGUCUGACAGCGGUGGGCGUGUUCAACAAACUGAAAGACAUUGGGAACAUGAGUGGGAACUCUGCCAUGAAUAAGAAGAUCGACAUCAUCAAAGGCCUCUUUGUAGCCUGCCGCUUCUCUGAGGCCAGAUACAUUGUCAGGUCUCUGGCAGGGAAGCUGAGGAUUGGCUUGGCUGAGCAGAGUGUACUAGCUGCCCUGAGUCAAGCAGUGUGUCUGACUCCUCCGGGACAAGAAUUCCCUCCGGCGGUAAUCGAUGCAGGAAAAGGAAUGAGUGCAGAAAAACAGAAAUCCUGGAUAGAGGAGAAAAGCCUAAUACUAAAACAGACCUACUGUGAGAUGCCCAGCUAUGAUGUCAUCCUCCCUGUCCUGCUGAAGGAAGGCAUUGAUGAACUGCCCAGGCACUGCAAACUCACCCCAGGUAUCCCUUUGAGGCCUAUGUUGGCUCACCCCACUAAAGGUGUAGGAGAGGUGAUGAAGAGGUUUGAUGAAGCCGCUUUCACCUGCGAGUAUAAGUAUGAUGGGGAGAGAGCACAGAUCCAUAUCUUAGAGAACGGAGAAGUUCGCAUUUUCAGUCGCAACCAGGAGGACAAUACCACCAAAUAUCCCGAUAUCAUCUCUCGCAUUCCCACGGUUAAGAGGGAGUCUGUGGUGUCCUGUGUGUUGGAUGCUGAGGCGGUUGCUUGGGACCGAGAGAAGAAACAGAUCCAGCCAUUCCAGGUGCUCACCACGCGGAAGAGGAAGGAUGUGGACGCAGCUGAUGUCAAGGUCCAGGUGUGUGUGUACGCCUUUGACCUGCUCUAUCUCAACGGAGAGUCUUUGGUAAAGCAGACCUUGUCUCGGCGUAGGGCUCUGCUGAAGGAGAGCUUUCAAGAAAAGGAGGGAGAGUUCGUGUUCGCCCGCGCCAUCGACUCAAAUGACACGGACGCCAUCGCGGAGUUCCUGGAGCAAUCUGUCCGAGACUCCUGUGAGGGGCUUAUGGUGAAGACUCUGGAGAAAGAUGCUACCUACGAAAUCGCCAAGCGCUCCCACAACUGGCUGAAGCUGAAGAAGGACUAUCUCGAUGGGGUCGGGGACACGAUGGACCUGUGUGUGAUCGGAGCGUAUCUGGGGAAGGGCAAGAGAACGGGGAUGUAUGGAGGCUUCCUGCUCGCCUGCUAUGAUGAGGACAAUGAGGAGUUCCAGUCUGUCUGCAAGAUUGGGACGGGUUUCAAGGAUGAGGAUUUGGAGCAACAUUACAAAUUCUUAAAGGAGCACAUUCUGCCCAAGCCCCGUCCGUAUUAUCGCGUGGACCCCUCCGCCGGUCCGGAUGUCUGGCUGGAUGCCGUUCAGGUAUGGGAGGUGAAGUGUGCUGACCUGUCACUUUCGCCCAUCUACAAGGCUGGCAUGGGAUUGUGUGACCCAGAAAAGGGCAUCUCUCUUCGCUUCCCACGCUUCCUGAGGAUCAGAGAUGACAAGAAGCCGGAAGAAGCCACUUCAGGAGGACAGAUUGCUGAUUUGUACCAGAAGCAGCAGGUUGUUCAGAACCAAGGAGACAAGGCUGACCUUGAGGACUACUACUGACCUCAUCCAUGGAUUGUCCGUCGCCGUUGUCUCGGGUGCACUCUCGAUUUGUACAUAGAUUUUUUAUAAAAAAGAAAUAAUAUGAAUGGGGCCAUGUCAAAGCUAAAAACAAAGACCUGCGUGGUAGUCUGGCUUUAGGUACUGCUGUAGGCUUAGACAAUGUUUAUGACAUGUCAGCGUUUUGUGCACAUUGGUGUUGUCAGAGACAUUUUAAUUAACUUAACCAUAUAUGAAUGUGUUCCACAAUUGUCAAUGAAAAAAUUACAAUGGUGACUGAAUAAAGGCUCUGCCAAUUUUAAAAUA